AACACCAGACUAGCAGCAGCAGAUUUCUAAAUAUGCCUGACGAAAUCCACUGCUGUCUUUAAGAAGGAAUCACGCAAGCAGGCAAACAUGGCGUGGAGUGUGAUUUUCGCUUUGGUCCUGAAAUUCUCCCUCCACUGUCUCUGUCUUCAAGAGGACAUCUCCUUAAUCUCACCACAGAACUGUUCUCUAGAUUGUAUCAUCAAGGGCAAGGCCAUCUGUGAAUACUGCAGAAUCACAAGAGAAGAUGUUUCAGUCACUUUAGGAGUCUCAACCGAGGAAAUGUUUGGCAGUUGUGUGCCAUGGCCCUGCAGCCUGUUCCUCGGGGUGCACAUCCCGGCUGUCUGUCAGCACUAUGUCCAUGCCCCCCAUGACAUCAAUGUGGAGUUCCUGCCCAGUGACAGCCCUGUGUAUGACACUGCCAUCAUUUCCUGGAGACCCAGCCUCUAUGGUCUUUCCUUCCUGCGAGGAUUCCAGGUGUCUCUGCAGGCUCUGGGGGGAACACAGACAGACUGCCAGCUGUUCCUCUUCCAGAGCAACCUGACCCUCACUGCUGCACAGGCAGGCAGGGUAUACAGAUCAGAUCCCUUCCAGCUGGCCCUGGAUGCCCAGUUUGCGGUCACUGUGAUGGCUCUGCCUGUCCCAGAACUGUGGAGCAACUUCUACCACAGCAAGUACUUCUCCACUCGCUCCUGCCUUGAGAAGAAUGGGCUUGAGCAGUGUUUGAAGGACUGGUAUCCAAGCAAAAUUGAAGUGGAGCAGGAUGGACAUGACGUGAUUGUGACCUUCAAUCUUGCUCCACCAAAUCUUGGAAUCAACCAGUACUUUUCUUGGUGCUAUGGAGGGGGGAUGCGGAACUACACAGUAAUUAAAGCGAAACCCACAGGCAACAAGACCCACCACAGCUACCGACUGCUUCGUCUCAAACCAGAAACCCGCUACUCCUGUGAGCUUGCCGCUGAUGUUGUAGAUGCUAUCAGGAAAACAUUCAACUUUCAAGUGAUGGGAAUGGAACACAGGAAAGAGUCUUCAACCUUCACUACUGAUGGAUCCCUCCUGGCCUUACUCUUACCGGUGCUUGUAUUGCUGGCCAUUUUGCUUUCGGUUUUCAUUUUUAUCGUCAGCAAGAAGAAACUUAAAAGGAGUAAGAGGAAGACCAAAAUGGCUGCAGAUGUCAUUAUGCAGCAUGACUCCAAAUGUGUUCUUUUGGAGCAAAAUCUAGUUCUUCUCGAGAGGCCUCGCCCCCCCCGACUCCUGAUUUGCUACUCAAAUGUGGAUGGCCCUGCCCACAUUCGGGCUGUGAUGCUAUUGGCUGCCUUCAUUCAGCAACAUAUGGCCACACAGGUGUUUCUGGACCUGUGGGAGGCACUGAGUGUGCUGGAGGAGGGGCUGAUGAGCUGGCUCUGCCGGCGCAUGGAGGAGAGCGACUUCGUGCUGGUGGUCUGCUCCCGGGGCCUGCAGCACGGCCUCCAGAGGAACGCCCAGGGGGUGGAGGAGAGCCAGGAGGCGGAGGAGAGCCAGGAAGGAGGCGCAGCCGCCGUGGCCGUGUCCCUGAUUGGGGAGGCGCUGGCCCGCGCCCAGGCCGGGGGGCAAGGCCUCUCCAAAUACAUGACGGUUGUUUUCGACCACUCCAGUGAAACGGACGUGCCGCCAGCGCUGGGGCUGGCUGCCCGAUACUCCCUGAUGAGGGAUCUGCCCCUGCUGUUCUCACACCUGCACGGGGUGGCCCUGCAGGGCCCCGGGAGGCACCUGCAGGUGGAGCACAUUUCAGCAGAGGCGUACCACAGGCUGCCAGCGGGGGCCGCCCUGCGGUGGGCUCUUCAGCAGGCCGGACAGGAGGACUAAAGGAGUGGAGGAGAGGA